CAGCCGCCGCUUCCUGUCUGUCGGCGCGUCGAGCCGCUCGAGCUUGCAACGAUUUUCCUGUUCGCUUCACGUUUUACUCCAACAAGCAAACCCCAAUGGCUACAAAAUGCAGGAAGGUGGAUGUUGAGUGCCGGAUCUUCCAAGACACUUGGACAGAAAAGUACUUCUUUAUACAGCACUUUGGCACGCCCACAUGCCUCAUCUGCCACUCAAGUGUAAGUGUGAACAAGGAGGUCAACAUCAGGCGGCACUAUGAAACAAGACACCCGAAAUUUAAUGAAAUUAGUGGGCAAGCAAGGAAGCAUGAAGUUCAUAACCUUAAAUGGGGCCUGGAAAAUCAAAGUCUGAUGUCCAAGAAAAAAAGUGUAGAAUCAGAAAGGAACACGUGUGCUAGCUACGCAGUUUCUAAGUUGAUAGCAGAAAAUAUGAAGCCCUUCAAUGAUGGAGAUUUCGUGAAAGAAUGUUUGAUGGCAGUUGUGGACAUUCUGUGUCCCGAGAUAAAGAUUUCAUUUUCAAAUGUCAGUCUCUCUGAAAGAACAGUUGCACGACGAAUAGAAGAAAUGUCAGUGGAUGUAAAAAAGAGUUUAAAGGACUAUUGCCAACAUUUCCAGUUCUUCUCAAUAGCGCUCGAUGAGAGUACAGAUACCAAAAACACCGCUCAGCUUGCAGUAUUUGUACGUGGAGUAAAUUCAGCUUUCGACACUGUUGAGGAGUUAGUUCAACUGGUACCUAUGAAGGGUACUACCACAGGAGCAGACAUUCUUGAAGCAUUGCUCAAGUGUACUACAGACAUGGAGCUGGAUCUAUCUAAGUUAGUAUGUGUCGCAACUGAUGGAGCGCCAGCAAUGGUUGGAGAAAAGAAAGGUGUCGUGGCUCUGCUUCAAAACCACAUGGAAGGCCUUGGAAUUAACCACAAAAUAGAGAAAAUGCACUGCCUAAUCCACCAGGAAGCAUUGUGUGCCAAGUCUUCAAAUUUGAAGGAUGUGAUGGACGUAGUGGUAAGAGCAGUAAACAUGAUUUUGUCUCAGGGACUGAACCAUCGUCAGUUUCAACAACUUUUGUCGGAAGCAGAGGCCCAGUAUGGAGACCUGCUCUACUUCUGCGACGUUCGGUGGCUCAAUCGAGGUGCAAUGUUAGAAAGAGUAUACGCUCUGCGGGAAGAAAUAGCAACAUUCCUUGAAGGUAAAAAUGUGAAUGCCUCAGAAUUUCGCGAUCCUAAAUGGCUUUCGAAUUUAGCAUUUCUGGUAGAUUUAACAGCUCAUUUUAACAACUUCAACUUGCAACUUCAGGGAAGAAAUCAACUCGUACAUGAGAUGUGUGGUCACAUCGUCGUCUUCGAAACAAAACUACAUCUGUGGGAAUGCCAGCUUGAGAAAUCAUGCUACGCUCAUUUCCCUAAACUCAAGGAGACCCAACCGACAGACACCAACACAUUUGUGACUGUAAUACGUGACUUGAAAACUGAGUUUUCUUCACGUUUCGCUGACAUUCGCUCACACACAAGCGAAUUCAGGCUGUUUGCCACACCGUUUGACAUGGACAUCGACAACGUACCAGAAAAUGUUCAAAUGGAACUUAUUGAGAUGCAGUGCAGUGAUGUAUUAAGAUCUAAAUUUAAAGCAACAGACAUAUCUCUACCAGAGUUCUACAAGAAAUAUCUUCUUGAAACUGGUAUGUAUACCAACUUGGUAGAUCACGCGAAAAAAAUGACAUCAAUGUUCGGCAGUACUUACAUGUGCGAGCAACUCUUCUCAAAAAUGAAAUACACGAAGAGUAAAUUAAGAAACCGACUGACUGAUGCCCAUUUAGAUGGCAUCUUGUACCUGGCUUCUUCCAGCCUGUCACCUAAUAUUGAGAGACUGUCGAGCGAAGAACAACACCAAGUGUCACACUAACUGCUAUGAGACAGACAGAGAGCGGUGAGGGUAGUUUCUAUACCAGUGUCUCAAACUAACUGCUAUGUUCAUUAGACAUAAUAUUAUUUAAAUAUAUAAAUAUGUCAAAGUUUUGUUAGUAUGUAUUAUUACCUCCAUUUAUUAACUACGGCGAUAAAUGUGGCCCGCCAUCCGUUCACAGACAUGGGUCCUGGCCCUUAUGCAGAACAAGGUUGCCGACCCCUGACCUAAAUGAUAGCCAGGAACUAAUGGAACACCGCGGGGAUCAGUGCAGAGGGCUCAAUCAUCGAUUUAUGUUAAUGCCUUGGAUGAAGGGAUGGAGUUUAUUGCAGCCAAAUUUACUGAUUAUACAAAAAUAAGUGGAGCAGUAAAUUGUGAGGAGGCGCUAAGUCUGCAAAGGGAUAACAAUUAGGCUGAGGAUGUAAUGUGGAAAUAUUAAAUUGAUCACUAGGAAAGCAAGAGCCAAAAAAAACAUUUAUUAUGUAAACGAAUGGGAUGACAAAUUGUGAUAGUAGAAAGAGAUCUGGGAGUCCUGGAUUCAGAGACAAUAUGAACAACUGCUCUGCCCACGACCACAAGAAAUUGCCGAGAGUCAUGGACGGAGUUCAGUUCAACACAUGGACCAACUUCCCCCACUUUGACUGCAUCUACACUUAAUGCUACUUCUGAGAAGUAGCCAACAUAACCAAAGACCACUCACACCCCAGGAAGAAAAAGGAAAAUUACAUUUAAUCCAACAAAAUAUGAGGUGAAACAUUUGGGAGGGGAAACAAGCCCAGGAAUUCAUAAUAAAUUAUUAAGUACAAAGAAACUGAGGAAUAUUGGAGUUCAUAUGUGUGUUUUUACAAUACUGGGUACCAAAAGUGUGACAUCUAUCUAUAUUUAAAACUGUGUGUGUGUGUGUGUGUUUCUGCCUGUCUUGUGGUUGCCAGCCUGUGGGUAUCAGCCUUUGAUUCGUUGCUACGCCAAUACCAGACCCAUAAAUGCCCAGAUUUUUUCCAUUUCGGUAGAUAUUUCACUUUUCAUUCCAAGUAUCCACUCCUCAUUAAAUGUUGUCGUGUUUUUGUACUCAUUUUUAAUAAAAUUCUUCUACCCCCCCCCCGCCCCCCACUCACUCAUUUUGUCGCCUCCUGCUGGCCAGCGACCAUAACGGCUGCUGGCGCUCGCCUCAAAGACGUCAUUUAAAAACAGCCGCACUGCUGAGUGCUUGAAUCUUCAGUUGGAGGACCACGUCUCCCGUGGGGGCUACGGGUAGGGAACGGCUGCGUUGGGGGAGCAGACCCACGGGUCUGCACUUGGUCUAGUCAUACAUAAAACUGAAGUUCACAAAUAGAUUAGUUCAACUUGAUUUAGAUCAAUCGAAAAACCCUCACAGUGGUAGUACAUGACAGGGAGAGAUCGUCCAUGAAGUUCGAGAAAAUUUCAUUAAUGAACAAAAUUAUUUGUUUAACAUGUUUUUUUACACUUUAUGUUUGGUGUCCACCAUAACAACCGUUACAUGAAGUUUAGAAAGUCAUUUUUUUCUAAAGCUUGAUAGCUGAUUUCUUCACUUUUGCUGUUUUUCAACAUACAAAUGUACUUUCUUGCUAUAAACAUGGAGUAUGUGACCAAAUGAGCAGUAUUCCUGUUAUCUACUGAAACGUGUGUUACGCGUGUUCAAGGGUCGACACCAAAAUGAAAGUAGCUACUGUUUCUUCCAGUGUUUCUUUUUUUGUAAUUUCUUUCUCAUGUUUUGAAUAAACUUUAUGGAAGUAA